AUGAGGAUUGUCGUCUCCAUCGUCAUCGUCAUCUUGUUGCUCUUGCUCUUCAUCUCUGAAUGUCUCAAGAAAGUCCAUAAAAAUUCCAGCGACGGCUUCAGCAAGCUCAUCGACCUGCACAAAAGAAGGAACAUUUGCCUGCGUGGGUGUUUGUGGUGUUCCAAUCUGGUCAGGCGUCUGUGGGGUCAGCACUUCCGCCAUGAUUGUAGAUUACUGGUUCUUCUCAGAGGGAAAGCCGAUGUGUAG